UUGUUGAGCCCAGUUUAAAUGCUGGUGCACAGGUCCCUGCCCAGCUCAUUCCCCUUCCAGGAUGUUGCCAGUAGUAGUGGAAGGUCUGGUGGUGCUCUGCCUGGUCUCCAGCAUUCAGGCAGGAAAACGGUUUCAGGAUGUAAUGGAGUUUGGAAGGAAAUCUGGCUCUAGAGGUCCCGGCAACCACAUAAAUGGCUGGUCUCCUGAUACCAACUCGUGGAAUGAGAAACUGUACCCUGCCUGGAAGUCUGGGGAUACAAGAUGGGAAAACUGCUGGAAAGGUGGCAAGGUUGUGGCAUUGUUGACCAGUGACAGUCCUGCGCUGAUAGGGUCAAACAUCACUUUUGCUGUCAACCUGCAGUUUCCCAGAUGUCAGAAGGAAAAUGAAGAUGGAGACAUUGUCUAUAAAAGAGGGUGUGGAAAUGUUUCCUCCAGCUUCCCAGACCAAUAUGUGUAUAACUGGACCAAGUGGAUAGAUUUCUGUAACGAAGGAAACUGCAGCUUUGCUAACAGCUUUCCAGAUGGCAGACCAUUUCCACAUCACCCUCGAUGGAGACGACACAACUUCAUUUACAUUUUCUCCACUCAAGGCCAAUAUUAUGGAACGAUUGGGAGAUCGUCUACUACUCUGUCCAUUAAUACUACAAACAUCACUGCUGGAACGCAAAUGAUAGAGGUCAAGGUUUUUAGAAGAGGUUCUCAUAACCACUACCCAGUUGCUACAGCAAGCAGCAUUUAUGUUGUAACUGAUCAAAUUCCAUUUUAUGUCAACCUUACACAGAAGAAUGACAAGAAUUCCUCAGACAGCAUCUUUAUUAAAGAUUCACCAAUCAAAUUUGACAUCCACAUCCAUGAUCCAAGCAAUUAUCUCAAGAAUUCUGAAUUGACAUUUGAUUGGGACUAUGGUGAUGGGAAUGGGUCAUCUGUUUCCAAUAACCCUGUCUCUAGUCAUAUUUAUACCAUGCUUGGAAGCUUUAGGGCUAACUUGACCAUCAAAGCUGCCAUUCCUGGUCCAUGUAAACCUGUUACACCCACUCCAAUCCCUACACAACCUCUACCAACCACCACCAGUACUUUCACCACUCCCAAUUCUACAGAUAACUCAACAGAACUACCACCGUUUGAAACUGAAACUUUACCACUGACAACUGAAAUGCCAAACGUUACCACGGUUUAUACAACCAUUCCAUACACCACUUCUACUCCUGGUUGCUUCAUAUAUAGAUAUGGUUAUUACAGCACUAAGAUUACAGUUGUAGAUGGUAUCCUUCAGGUGAACAUUGUUGAAAUGACUAGUGUUCAAGUACCCACAUCUCAGACUGAAGGCUCUCUUGUUGACUUUGUGGUGACUUGCGAAGGAAGUCUGCCUACAGAUGCCUGCACGGUAGUCUCGGAUGCUAGUUGCAUGAUUCCCCAGGACAUGGUUUGUGAUGAAGUUCCAUCUUCUGAUCAAUGCUUGCUGAUCCUAAGAAGAGCAUUUGAGCCAGGAUCUUACUGUGUAAAUAUCACACUAAGUGAUGGUGCAAGUUUGGCUCUUGCUAGUACGCUGGUGUCUAUAGAUGGUGGUUCUAAAACCCAACAGACUGUUUCCGCAGUACUUGUUCCCCUCGCUUUGGUUGCACUUGUUGCUGUGGUGAUUGGUAUCACCCUUUACAGGAAAUACAAGGAAUACAAACCAAUUGCAAAUGCUUCAGCUGGAAGAAAUGAUCAAGGCAUCAUUGUGUACUUCAGUCAGAUCAAAGAUGUUCUCUUCAAAAAAAGCAACGAGCGUGAUCCUCUUCUGAAAAGCAAAGCUGCAAUAAUAUAAGAUUCUUAAAACUCUGUCUGCCAUAUCUUGGUAUGCUGCUGCUUGGUCCUUCAUCUAAGUCAUAAAGCUGUAGUAGAAAUACUUGUUAAUAAAGUGUUUCCUUUAA